AUGGAGCUUCUGCUCUCUAUAGCCACCCUCUCCCCAGUGACACAGAGAUUGCAGGCGGGCAGCAGCACUGGAGACAUGCGGAAACAGGGCCCACAGGCCUGUGUGUGGGACCACAACUAAAGGCUAAAGGAUCUUAAACACUCCCGCAGGAACUAAUGGUGUGGACAGAAGCCCAGCCCAAACCGUUGGCGUGAAGAACAUAACCAUGGAGCAAGCCAUGGAAGUCAUUGGUUUGUCAGGGAUAUACAGUGAGGGAAAAAAGUAUUUGAUCCCCUGCUGAGUUGUACGUUUGCCCACUGACAAAGAAAUGAUCAGUCUAUAAUUUUAAUGGUAGGUUUAUUUGAACAGUGAGAGACAGAAUAACAACAACAAAAAUCCAGAAAAACACAUGUCAAAAAUGUUAUAAAUUGAUUUGCAUUUUAAUGAGGGAAAUAAGUAUUUGACCCCCUCUCAAUCAGAAAGAUUUCUGGCUCCCAGGUGUCUUUUAUACAGGUAACGAGCUGAGAUUAGGAGCACACUCUUAAAGGGAGUGCUCCUAAUCUCAGUUUGUUACCUGUAUAAAAGACACCUGUCCACAGAAGCAAUCAAUCAAUCAGAUUCCAAACUCUCCACCAUGGCCAAGACCAAAGAGCUCUCCAAGGAUGUCAGGGACAAGGCUGGAAUGGGCUACAAGACCAUCGCCAAGCAGCUUGGUGAGAAGGUGACAACAGUUGGUGCGAUUAUUCGCAAAUGGAAGAAACACAAAAGAACUGUCAAUCUCCCUCGGCCUGCGGCUCCAUGCAAGAUCUCACCUCGUGGAGUUGCAAUGAUCAUGAGAACGGUGAGGAAUCAGCCCAGAACUACACGGGAGGAUCUUGUCAAUGAUCUCAAGGCAGCUGGGACCAUAGUCACCAAGAAAACAAUUGGUAACACACUACGCCGUGAAGGACUGAAAUCCUGCAGUGCCCGCAAGGUCCCCCUGCUCAAGAAAGCACAUAUACAUGCCCGUCUGAAGUUUGCCAAUGAACAUCUGAAUAAUUCAGAGGAGAACUGGGUGAAAGUGUUGUGGUCAGAUGAGACCAAAAUGGAGCUCUUUGCCAUCAACUCAACUCGCCGUGUUUGGAAGAGGAGGAAUGCUGCCUAUGUCCCCAAGAACACCAUCCCCACCGUCAAACAUGGAGGUGGAAACAUUAUGCUUUGGGGGUGUUUUUCUGCUAAGGGGACAGGACAACUUCACCGCAUCAAAAGGACGAUGGACGGGGCCAUGUACCGUCAAAUCUUGGGUGAGAACCUCCUUCCCUCAGCCAGGGCAUUGAAAAUGGGUCGUGGAUGGGUAUUCCUGCAUGACAAUGACCCAAAACACACGGCCAAGGCAACAAAGGAGUGGCUCAAGAAGAAGCACAUUAAGGUCCUGGAGUGGCCUAGCCAGUCUCCAGACAUUAAUCCCAUAGAAAAUCUGUUGAGGGAGCUGAAGGUUGGAGUUGCCAAACGUCAGCCUCGAAACCUUAAUGACUAGGAAAAGAUCUGCAAAGAGGAGUGGGACAAAAUCCCUCCUGAGAUGUGUGCAAACCUGGUGGCCAACUACAAGAAAUGUCUGACCUCUGUGAUUGCCAACAAGGGUUUUGCCACCAAGUACUAAGUCAUGUUUUGCAGAGGGGUCAAAUACUUAUUUCCCUCAUUAAAAUGCAAAUCAAUUUCUAAAAUUUUUGACAUGUGUUUUUCUGGAUUUUUUUUGUUUUUAUUCUGUCUCUCACUGUUCAAAUAAACCUACCAUUCAAAUUAUAGACUGAUCAUUUCUUUGUCAGUGGGCAAACGUACAAAAUCAGCAGGGGAUCAAAUACUUUUUUCCCUCACUGUAUUAACCCAACUGCAACUGGAUCCCACUGAUGCCAGCAAAUGUUAAGAUAUUUACAUUGGGUUAAAGUCAUUCUUUCUACAGUGUUUGUCCUUGUCUGAACCUUGAUAUCAAGUUGCAUUGUCACAUGCAAAGUCCCCACAGAACUCCAUACAUUGUAACUGUGGGCUUUAGAACAGCUGUAUGGCUGAGGAUAUACAGUACCAGUCAAAAGUUUGGACACACCUACUCAUUCAAGGGUUUUUCUAGAUUUUUACUAUUUUCUACUUUGUAGAAUAAUAGUGAAGACAUCAAAACUAUGAAAUAACACAUAUGGAAUCAUGUAGUAACCGAAAAAGUGUUAAAGAAAUCAUAAUAGAUUUGAGAUUCUUCAAAGUAGCCAACCUUUGCCUUGAUGACAGCUUUGCACACUCUUGGCAUUCUCUCAACCAGCUUCACCUGGAAUGCUUUUCCAACAGUCUUGAAGGAGUUCCCACGUAUGCUGAGCACUUGUUGGCUGCUUUUCCUUCACUCUGCGGUCCAACUCAUCCCAAACCAUCAAUUGGGUCAGGUUGGGUGAUUGUGGAGGCCAGGUCAUCUGAUGCAGCACUCCAUCACUCUCCUUAUUGGUCAAAUAGCCCUUACACAGCCUGGAGGUGGGUUGGGUCAUUGUCCUGUUGAAAUACAAAUGAUAGUCCCACUAAGCGCAAACCAGAUGGGAUGGCGUAUCGCUGCAGAAUGCUGUGGUAGCCAUGCUGUUUAAGUGUGCCUUAAAUUCUAAAUAAAUCACUGACAGUGUCACCAGCAAGGCACCCCCACACCAUCACACCUCCUCCUCCAUGCUUCACGGUGGGAAACACACAUGCGGAGAUCAUCCGUUCACCUGCUCUGCGUCUCACAAAGACACAGCGGUUGGAACCAAAGGACUCAUCAGACCAAAGGACAGAUUUCCACCGGUCUAAUGUCCUUUGCUCGUGUUUCUUUGCCCAAACAAGUCUCUGCUUCUUAUUGGUCUCCUUUAGUAAUGGUUUAUUUGCAGCAAUUCGACCAUGAAGGCCUGAUUCACACAGUCUCCUCUGAACAGUUGAUAUUGAGAUGUGUCUGUUACUUGAACUCUGUGAAGCAUUUAUUUGGGCGGCAAUUUCUGAGGCUGGUAACUCGAAUUAACUUAUCCUCUGCAGCAGAGGUAACUCUGGGUUUUCCUUUCCUGUGGCAGUCCACAUGAGAUCCAUUUUCAUCAUAGCGCUUGAUGGUUUUUGUGACUGCACUUGAAGAAACUUUCUUUCUUGAAGUUUUUCAGAUUGACUGAUCUUCAUGUCUUAAAGUAUUGAUGGACUGUCGUUUCUCUUUGCUUAUUUUAGCUGUUCUUGCCAUAAUAUGGACUUGGUCUGUUACCAAAUAGGGCUUUCUUCUGUAUACCAACCCUACCUGUCACAACACAACUGAUUGGGUCAAAUGCAUUAAGAAGGAAAGAAAUUCCACAAAUUAACUUUUAAGAAGGCACACCUGUUAAUUGAAAUGCAUUCCAUGUGCCUACCUCAUGAAGCUGGUUGAGAGAAUGCCAAGUGUGUACAAAGCUGUCAUCAAGGCAAAGGGUGGCUACUUUGAAGAAUCUCAAAUAUAAAAUAUAUUUUGAUUUGUUUAACACUUUUUUGGUUACUACAUGAUUCCGUAUGUGUUAUUUCAUAAUGUUGAAGUCUUCACUAUUAUUCUACAAUGUAGGUGUGUCCAAACUUUUGACUGGUACUGUAUAUCAAAAGAUUCAGUUGUGGAGAAAAGUUUGGGGUUGAUUUUGUCUGUUAGGAGAAACAGACAUGUACGUGCCAUGGCCUCAGAUCCUGUGGUUUGAUGAGACUAUCACAAUUUGAUAUUUUAUCUUUUAACCCCAAAAAAGUUUCUGUCUGCCGAGAAUAGUCUCUCCUGGGAGACGAGCUUUAGAGUGUGUGAGGCAGAGUAGUCAUACAGUAUCUGUCAGAGUGUUGAUGGACUGUCCUGUGGAUCAGCCUCAGUCUGGACUCCUGGCUCUCUGCACAUUGGUAUUCUGCUGAGGUUGAUGGGAAGCAGGUCUGGCAGUGCCUCUGGCAUGCACUCUGACGGGGUGAUUUUACCACCUCUCCUCAGAGGAAACAGACAGUCACUGCCUCUUGCACUCCUCACGUAACCUUGUAAAACCAUCCGGAAGUCUCGCAAGCUUACAUUCUGUUUCGCUACAGUGCAUCGGUAAUCAGCCGGUAAUUAUGAGGCUAUUCCUCAUGCAUUGCACUGUGUGUGUGUGUGUGCGCGCGCCCCCUGGGAGAUGUGAGCUAACAUGAGGGCUGUAUUGCAUUGUGCUGUCAGUGAAUAGAAGGAAUGCUGUUCUUCCUCCUCUGCAGGGCCAGCAUUGUGCAGAGGAGGAUAAUUUACUUCCAGGAUGAAGGCUCCCUUACUGUCAGACUGUGUGAGAAAGGUACAGCAUAUCUGUCCUAUACGAAUAUGACUUCUCACAGAACAACCCCAUGCUUUUUAUAUGAUCUGUUACUGUAGUAGAUUAUAAUGAAGAUACUGUAUGUAGUCAUAUUAAAAAACAAUAUUUAUAUUAGGUCAAGCAAGAUCACCAUUCUUAUCUUCACUUUGUAUGCGUGUGUGUGUGGGGGGGGGGGGGGGGGGGGGGGGGGGGGGUCGUGUGUGUGUGCGUGUGCGUGUGUGUGUGUUUCAGAGGCUGUGUUUGGGGAGACCACAGAGAAGCCCCCUCCGGAAUGCUGUGCCUGUGGGACGGCCAAGUACAGAGUCACCUUCUAUGGGAACUGGUCGGAGAAGAUUCACCCUAAAGACUACCCCAGUAAGUCCUCCACUGCAGUCGUAUAUGUACACCCCCACACACUGCACAUUACUGUACAACUUCCCACCUGUUGCUCAACUGUCAAUUUGCUCUGGAGAGUGAAAGGAGCUGCACCAUUAUAGUCAUGAAGCAAGACAUUGUGGUUUGGAAGAAACACGAAAAGGUUACAUUUUACCCUGGACAUAUUUACUGUCUGUUGACUAGAGUAACAUACUGCAUGAAAGAACAGCACACCGUAGUUUAGAGCAGUGGUUCCCAACUUUUUCUGAACCGUGGCGCACCUUGAUAGGAUAUUAAAUUCUGCGGCACACCUAAAAUGUCCCUUCUAAUUUAUUUAGUGGUAAUGAUCUCAUCUGAUCCAUACUGCAAAUCAUCUAUUAUCUGUGACAUUUCUUAUAGGUUUGUUUUCAUAGUUCCUUACUCAUGAUGGUUAAUUUGUGUGUACCCCUUUAAGAGCUUCCUAUCAAUCUGUGCCAGAUAGAAGAACAUGUAGCUCUGGUAAAAUAGGUCUUUAGUUUUGAACGGUUUGGGCUAAAGAUGAGCUGCUUUCUGCAUUGUAAAGGUACAACCAUGGACGCAAAGCCAUGCUCUGUUUGGUUAUAUGGCAGAGGCUGUGGCAUAGCUAAGCCCAGAGCCAUAUAUUAAGAAAGAAAUGACUAAUCAGACUAGCCUGUUCUAAUCGUUUUCACAGACAAAGCAAAAUUAUACAAAUGAGUUUGCUCGUGAUGCGCACCCCUCAAAAUGAUACAAACAUAACAGCCUGAGUGUAUUGGACUUGAAACAACAAUACAGAUGUAAUCAUGUGCAAUGUAAUGUAUUAUCAGACCAGCACUAGUGCUCCCAAGUCAAAAUUCCAUGUGCAUUCCGCAGGUCACGUUUAUAAGUGUAAAAAAAAAAAAAAAAAGAUUAGGAAAGGUUUUGCUGCACACACGAGAGUUCCUCACGGCAAACCAGUUUGGAACCACUGGUUUAGAGGAUUUCUCUCAAAUUAUUUGUGUGUUGUUGGGAUUUAAACAUCAUUUUCAGUAAGCCUAAGUCAGUAAAACAGUAUGAUAUUGGAUAGCUGUUAUGAUACAGUGUCCUCUUUUGGAGCUGAUGAUCCGAACCGCACACAUAUUCCCUGCAGUCAGUGUUAGGUAGUCACAGCUUACAAAAGGAAUCGCCAUAAAUAAUUUGAGACGGGAAGAGGCUCUUUUGGCAGGAAAUAAGAAAAGAGUUUUGGUACAUUAUAGCACAUCACAGGGAUUCUCUAUAGGCCUGAUGGGUUUAAAGAGAUUAAAUGUAUAGUUUACCUUUCCCUCCAGAUUUAUAUAUCAUCUUUCACGGAGGAAAAUGAAUCAUGGAAAAAUGUUAUUACAUUCAAGAGUUUCUGAGGAGAGUCCUGAGUGACCAAAGUAAAAACUAUUCUAUAUACAAAUUGGUUGGUGUGUGUGUAGUGUGACAGGGUCUAUUCCAGCCUCAACUCUUUCAGUAAUGAUGAGGGCUCCACCAGUGGAAGUGCAGGCCUGUCACAGUAUAUCUAACAGUGGCCUUCCAGCCACAUGCAUGGCUAAUGAACACUGUCUCCACCACUCUGCUGUUAGCCUCACACGCCCAGCAGACACAGUUAAAGCCAGGAGCGAUCUGUCAGCCUCUACACCUACAGAUGUAGGAUCUUAAUUUGAGCCAGUUUGCUACAGCAGGAAAAUAGUCCUGCAGUAACAGAAAAUGUGAAUUAUUAUGUGGAUUCUAAUUAAUCAAAAAUGUUGUAGGGGUUGAUACAUUAUUCGUAAGGGAAAAUCAAGUCUGAAAUUUCAAAGUGGAAAUUGCAAACUUCAGUAGCCUUUUUAAACUUAAAAGUUAUCCUGCAACAGGGUGAUCAAAUUAAGAUCCUGCAUCUGUACACAGACAGACAUACACACAGGCAACAUUGUUUCUUUGUCUCCACCCUAUACAGGACGUGCCAAUCAUUGGUCAGCCCUCAUCGGGGCGUCCCACUCCAGGAGCUAUGUCCUGUGGGAGUACGGUGGCUUUGCCAGCGAAGGGGUGAAACAGGUAGCAGAGCUGGGGUCUCCAGUUAAGAUGGAGGAGGAGAUAAGACAGAAG